AUAACAAUAUAUAUUUCUCAAAAUGUAUAGUUUACAUCUGAUAUAUCCAAAUUACUUAGCUGUAAAAUAAUUAAAAUCGAAAAUUAAAAUUGAGAAACAAAAGUAUCUAAUUUGCAAAGUAAAUGUGGGGUUUCUAGCUAUAAACAUGAGUCAUGACAGAGAGAUUGGCCUCCUUGCGUCAGACACGCUUCGAUAUCUUCUUCUUAAUUUUUCCCUUUUUCCUUUGUUUAUUAUUCCCAAAUCAAAUGAUUAGUAGUUAUCCUCAUUGAUUCUUUGUUAUCCCCAUCCAAGACAAUAAUACUAAUAAUAAUGACAAUGAUUUGCUUCAUGACAAAAAUACUGUUCCUCUCUUAAUCAUUUUUAUUUGUUAAGACAAUGUAUAUACGCACAUCUGAUAUCUUCUCCAUUCCAUUUUAAAAUAUAUGUUUUAGAAAAAAAAUUAUUUUAUACAAAUAAAUGUUUUAUAUUUACUAUGCAGAAAUUUUAAACUCUUAAAAAAAACUAAUUAAAUGACUACUGGUUAAAAAUAUCAGAAAUUGGUCAUAACAAAAAUAAUACAUUUAUAAUAGCAGCGAUUUAAUCUGUUUUUUUCUAAAUAAGUGAAAAUAUUAAAAAUUUACUUUUUAAGAAACAGAGGUAGUAGUAAUCUUUUUGUCAACGAUUAUAUUAAAGCAGGAUGCUAGAACUAGACUAGAAUAUUUGCUUAGUUGUUUUAUCAGACCCGUUUACAGUAUAUGGUUACUUGAAAGCAAAUGCGUCAACAUAAAGCCCAAACAUAAUUAUUUCCCCACUUUUAAGGCCCAAACUCUACCCGGUCCGGUUUGGUUCAAACAAAAACGACGUCGUCUCCAUCUUUCCACUUUUGGAUUUUCCCUUAUUUUUUUCCUUUUCCUAUUUUAAAUACCUUUCAAGGGGUUUAUGAAGGGCUUUGACACCCUCUCUGCUUCUUCUCCCGUCUUCAGACACAACUCGUACGGUUUCUUGUCUCUCAGGGCAAAACCCUAACCCUAAUUUCCCGUCAUGCUGAAGCUCCUCUCUUCAACCGCUCACACCAUCCAUCACUCUAAUCCGUCUCCUCGGGUCGGGUCAAACCCAAUUAAGACUCCACUCUUCAAGGCACUGAGUCAGCUAACCGGAUGGAACCGGAGCUCCCAAGAGUUGAGUCGUCGCGCUUUCUGCUCUAACCAAAGUGACGCCGCCGCCGAUCCCAAGUCAGAUGCGUCGAAUCCCGAAGCUUCCGACACGAAAUCGUCCUCUGCGGUUGUUGUCUCAACGACCACUACUAGCCUCGACGAUUAUCAAACGGUUAUAGCAUUGCCGUUGCCCAAGAAGCCUCUUUUCCCUGGGUUUUACAUGCCAAUCUAUGUCAAGGAUCGUAAAUUAAUUGAAGCUUUACAAGAGAGCAUGAGGAGACAAACUCCAUACGCAGGGGCUUUCCUUUUGAAGGAUGACGAGGCUUCAGCUGAUUCAUCUUCUUCCUCUACUACCUGUGAGACAGAGAAUGUUCUAGAGAAGUUUAAAGGCAAAGAGUUGCUCAACCGUAUGCACGAAGUUGGCACACUUGCUCAGAUUUCAAGUAUCCAAGGUGAGCAAGUCAUACUCAUUGGUCGCAGACGUCUUCGUAUAACAGAUAUGGUGAGUGAAGAUCCUCUAUCAGUCAAAGUUGAACAUAUAAAGAACAAGGCGUAUGAUAAGGACGAUGAUGUCAUCAAGGCGACUUACUUUGAAGUUAUGUCGACACUUAGGGAUGUCUUAAAGACAACUUCACUAUGGAGAGAUCAAGUUCGGACUUAUACUCAGCAUAUAGGUGACUUCAAUUAUCAACAUUUAGCCGAUUUUGGAGCUGGGAUCUCUGGCGCUAACAAACAUGAAAAUCAGGGAGUUCUUGAAGAACUGGAUGUCCAUAAACGUCUGGAGUUGACGCUAGAUUUGCUGAAAAAAGAAGUGGAAGUUAACAAGAUUCAGGCAUCCAUAGCAAAAACUGUUGAAGAAAAAUUUAGUGGUGAGCGACGACAAAUCGUGCUAAAGGAGCAACUAAAGGCUAUAAAAAAGGAGCUUGGGGUGGAGACAGAUGGCAAAUCUGCAUUUUCUGAGAAGUUUAAGGAAAGGAUUGAAGUUAAUAAAGACAAGAUACCAAAACAUGUAUUAAAAGUCAUAGAAGAAAAUCUUACAAAACUGCAGCUUUUAGAACCAACUUCAAGCGAGUUUGAUGUGACGCUUAACUACCUUGAUUGGUUGACCGUGCUACCGUGGGGAAACAUCAGUGAUGAGAAUUUUGAUGUCUUAAGAGCAGAAAAGAUUCUUAACGAGGAUCAUUAUGGUUUAUCUGAUGUGAAAGAGAGAAUACUAGAGUUUAUUGCUGUGGGAAGUCUCAGAGGCACUUCUCAAGGGAAGAUCAUCUGUCUCUCAGGGCCACCUGGAGUAGGAAAAACUAGCAUAGGCCGUUCUAUAGCACGUGCGCUUGACCGCAAGUUCUUCCGGUUCUCUGUUGGUGGACUAUCUGAUGUUGCCGAGAUUAAUGGACAUCGUCGAACAUACAUUGGUGCCAUGCCUGGAAAGUUAGUCCAGUGUCUAAAGACUGUGGGAACAGAGAAUCCUAUCAUUCUGAUCGAUGAGAUUGAUAAGCUUGGAAAGGGACACUCUGGUGAUCCAGCCAGUGCGUUGUUGGAGGUUAUGGAUCCAGAGCAGAAUGCAAAUUUUAGAGAUCACUAUCUUGAUGUUACUAUUGACUUAUCCAAGGUUUUAUUUGUGUGCACAGCAAAUGUGAUAGAUACGAUUCCGAAACCACUGCUAGAUAGAAUGGAGGUGAUUAGUCUAGCAGGGUAUAUCACUGAUGAGAAGUUGCAUAUUGCUAGAGACUUUUUGGUUAAAAACACAUGCAGAGACUGUGGCAUCAAGCCUGAACAGGUUGGUGUGAGCGAUGCAGCUCUUCUUUCUUUGAUUGAAAAUUACUGCAGAGAAGCUGGAGUUAGAAGUCUCCACAAGAACAUUGAGAAGAUCUACCGUAAGAUUGCACUUAAACUAGUACGCCAAAGAGCAUCCACGGUAGUGCCUGCAGUUUCUGUUGAUGUGACUGACACUGAAGAUACUAAACCUUUAGCCAAGACUGAUUCAGAGACCUCUACAGAAGGAUCCACUGUCUUGACAGAUGAGUCAGCAACAAAGACUGAGCAGAGUGGAGUGGUAGCUGAAAAGGUUAUGAUUGAAGAAUCAAACCUUGCGGAUUACUUAGGCAAACCAGUUUUCCACACAGACAAGAUCUAUGAAAAGACACCAGUAGGGGUAGUAAUGGGUCUAGCCUGGACAUCCAUGGGUGGCUCAACGCUAUACAUAGAGACAACCUUUGUGGAAGAAGUAGAACGCAAAGGCCGUCUUCGAAUAACAGGCCAGCUUGGGAGUGUGAUGAAAGAAAGCGCACAGAUAGCUCACACGGUCGCCAGAAGAAUCAUGCUGGAGAAAGAACCUGAUAACCUCUUCUUGGCGAACUCAAAGCUUCAUCUACACGUUCCAGAAGGAGCCACGCCAAAAGACGGUCCAAGCGCAGGAUGCACAAUGAUCACUUCGUUGCUUUCACUUGCUAUGAAGAAGCCUGUAAGGAAGGAUCUUGCAAUGACGGGAGAAGUCACUCUCACCGGUAGAAUACUUCCAAUAGGUGGAGUUAAGGAGAAGACUAUAGCUGCAAGAAGGUGUCAAGUGAAGAUGAUAAUCUUUCCUGAGGCUAACCGUAAAGAUUUUGAUGAGCUUCCAGAAAACGUGAAAGAAGGGCUUGAUGUUCACUUUGUCGAUGAGUAUGAGCAGAUUUUCGAGCUAGCCUUUGGGUAUGACCAUUAGAAGAAGAAAUUUGAGAAGUCUCACUCACUUGAGAUCUUCCUAGUUGUUGUUGUUGCCAACUACACUUAAAAGAAAAAACUCAUCAUUUAAUAAUAUUAAUUUACAAAAAAAAUUUAUAUAUUUUAAAUAUAUUUAAAUAUAAAUAAAAAGAUAAUUGUUUUCUUGACAAAAUGAUAAGUUUUGAUUUAUAUUUUAAUUAGAUUAUUUUUUGUAUUUAAGAUGUAUUGUUGA